AUGGCGAAAGAAGUAACACAAUCCGUAGCUAAACCAAUGGAGGUGAAAAAGAUAACUUAUGCCGAUGAAACCGGCCCAAAAACUAUUUCCGCUGAGCUUAAGAAGGAAUCCCAAUUCAUAACGACUACCGUAACCAGUAACCAGCAAAGCAAAGCUACUAAAAAAUCCUACGAGCAGAUGAUCAUCGACGCCAUCACGGAGAACGAUCCACGCCGGAAGGGUAUAUCGUUUACAUUGAUUAAAAAGUUCAUCAAAGGCAAGUACCAGAUCGAAGGGGAAAUAACGUCCUACGUAAAGAAGGCAUUUGAAAAGCUUAGCAGCAAGAACACUGUCGAACGGGUGUCGGGAAUGGCUGGCAUGAGUGGAAGCAUCCGGCUUACCAAAGCCCACAUCGCGGAAGUUAGUAAGCAGCAGAAGCUCGCUGCUAAAGCAAAACCGAAAAUUGCCAAACCGCCGAAAAAGCAAGCGACUAAGAACGAAAAGGACAAAAACAAUAACGAAAAGAAGAAGGGUAAAGCGGUUAAGACGAAACCGACGCUACAUGCUAAGCCAAGCACGAAGAAAACCGCCAUUACGAAAACGAAAAUUGCAAGAUCCGGUGGCAAGGUGCGCCUAUCGAUCGUUACCAGUACGGAUCCAUCACCGAGCACGAGCGCAAAGACGGCCAAGGCAAAGAAGAACGGUUCUAAAACGACUGCUGCCGCUGAAAAAUCGGCAAAGCCAAAGGGUAAGAAGAAUGUUUCGGCUAAACCGAAGCCGGCAAAAGCGCACAGUGAGGAAAAGGAAUAG